UCCAGAGCAGGGUUGAGGAUGAAAGGGGAUGGACCCCACACAGAUGGUUUAAAAACGGGGCGGGGUUUUGAAUGAAUGAUAGGCUGAAUCACUGAUGUAACACUGUACACACACAUCGAUCAGCAAAGGUGAGAGUGCAGCAGAUUAUCACCUGACAUGGCAACUAAAAUCAUUUAUUUUACUGUGAAUGGAAGACCAGAACAAGCUGAGUUUCCCAUUGACUGUCCUGCACAAGAUGUUAAAGAUCUCUUCCGAGCUGCAGCUGAGGCAGGACCUCAUGACAUCUUAAAACUCUAUAAUACUAAAGGCAAUAUCAUUAAUAUUUCCCCACAACUGGCUCCAAAUAGUCCGCACUCCUGCUAUAAACUGGAAGUGGUCGCUGCAGACUGUAACAGUGAGCUGUUAGAUUCCGAUCUGGCCGUUGCUGUGGGAUUUGACCUCUCUUCUAUGGAGAAAAGGUUACAGAGCCUGGAGAAAAGAAUCCUAACUGAAGCAGCAGAGACACCUGCCAUUGUGUAUGAGAUGAAGAGACAGGUGGAGUCAUUCAGAGAGAAACUGGAGAGUGUUGAGCACCUGAGCUGGUUGGGACUGUUUAAAGACAUGUCAGAAGGCACCCACAAGCCCUCCCCCUUUUACCAUAAAAGAACCCUCCGCAAGACCCGCGAAGAGUGUGAGCAUGUCAGGGAAAAGUUCCUCCAAAUGAGUUCUCUGGAGGUUUCUGAAGAGGUGAGACAGUAUCUUAAAACACCAACCUUUGAUAACUGGCAAUGGGAGGAUGCUGAGAUCAUGGUGCUGCUCCAGGUGAUGUACUCAGAUCUGGAUUUCAUCUCAACCUUCAACAUUGAGCUGGAUGUACUGCAGCAGUUUCUUUAUGAAGUGUACCGACGCUACAAUAACAUCCCCUUCCACAACUUCAAGCACUGCUUCUGCGUCACUCAGAUGAUGUAUGGACUAAUAUGGCUAACAGAUCUCAGAAGCAAGAUCGACAGUAUUGACCUCCUCGUCAUGCUAACCUCAGCCGUCUGUCACGAUCUAGAUCACACCGGCUACAACAAUGCAUACCAGAUUAAUGCACGCACUGAGCUCGCCUUGAGGUACAAUGACAUCUCCCCACUGGAAAAUCACCACUGCGCUGUAGCUUUUGAAAUCCUGGAAAAGAGUGAAAGCAACAUUUUCCGAAACCUGCCGACAGAGCAAUACAAAAGAAUAAGAGAGGGCAUAAUUAAGUGUAUUCUUGCUACUGAUAUGACCAGGCAUACUGAGAUCCUCAACAAGUUCAAAGCCAUUCUCCCUGUGUUCGACUUCAGCAACAAAGAUCACAGAGAUGUGUUGAUAAUGAUCAUGAUUAAAGUAAGUGACAUCUCCAAUGAAGCGAGACCCAUGGAUGUGGCAGAACCAUGGCUGGACUGUCUGCUGCAGGAGUUCUUUAAUCAGAGUGACAUGGAGAAGUUGGAGGGUCUUCCUGUCACUCCAUUCAUGGAUCGAGACAAAGUGACCAAACCGUCUUCUCAGACUGGAUUCAUCCGCUUUGUUCUCUUUCCUCUCUUCAUUGAACUGGCCAAUCUUUUCCCCUGUCUGGAGCAACACAUCAUUGACCCAGUGCGGAAAGCUCUGGAUUAUUACACAGAGAUGGAGAAAGCUCUGGAGAGGGAGAAACAGAACCGGGCCCAGAGUGACAAUGUGGUCAAGCCCGGCACCCCAAAAGAGCCAGAAGCUCAUCCAGAACCUGGUGGGACGACAAAAACAGUCAACCUGUAAUCUAGCCUCACACUGUUAAAUGUUCAUUCAAUAAUCAAAAUGUAAGUUGAGUUUCAGAAUUGUGCUUUAAGGAUUAAAGUAAAUGUAUUAAUGCUACGUUAACCAGCUAAA